AUGGCAAAUCAACCUGUUAGAUCCAUUAGUUUGCCCUCCCGGGAACACCCGUGUUCGGUUCGGAUAGAGGCCUUGUUGAACCAUCUAAAAUCCUUCCAAUUUUCACCAUCAGAUGUUCCUCAUGAAUCAGAGAUCGUCCAAAGCAGCCUAGUUGGUUUGGCAGAGUUGUACAAUUGUGUUGAGGAGUUUAUGAACUCUCCAAGCACACAAGCAGCCCUAACGCCCACCAAUAUUACCAAGCAUGGGAAGAUUGUGGAACAAGCCCUUGAGGGCUCCAUCACAUUGCUUGACACAUGCAACAUGGCAAGAGAAGUAUUGAUGACCAUGAAGGAACAUGUUCAAGCCCUUCAAUCCGCUCUACGCAUAAAGGGCCACGGUGGGGACACGAGCCUCGAGAGUUGUAUCCGUGCUUAUCUCAGCUUCCGAAAGAAGGCCAAGAAGGAGAUUGCCAAAUGCCUUGGAGGGCUCAAGAGAAUGGAAACCAACAACAUCACUUACUCACUUCCCUUGGAUACUCUCAGCCAAGAUUUAUCCACAAUAGUCAAGAUCCUAUGGGAAACAAGCUCCAUUACCAUCUCGGUUUUUCGGUCUCUUCUCAAGUUUCUCUCCAUGCCAACAUCAUGCGCUACAAAGGCUAAUGGAUGGUCACUGAUCUCCAAACUAAUGAGAACGAGAUUGUUGUCGUUUGAGAAGGAAGAGAAGAAGAAUAUUUUGAAUUUGGUUGGGAAUGUUGACGUUUCCCUCCAAACUCUUGUAGGAAACCUGCAAGGCAAUGAGGGAAGAGCUCAUGAGGUGAUCAAAAUGGCUCAUAAACUGUUGGAAACAGUGAAUUUGAGCACUGAAAACCUUGUGGCUGGAUUAGAUUGCUUGUUUAGAUGUCUGGUUCAGAAUAGAGUGUCUUUGCUUAAUAUCCUCACUAAGUGA